CCGGACAGAUGGUACCUUAUGAAGGGCCACAAGCAAGUAUGCCGCCACUAAGUUAUCCUGCGAUGCAGACCCAGCUAAUGGUGCCACCUCCAUCGCCCCCGCCAAGUUCACAAGGUAGCGUGGAUGGAGGAGGGAAUCACGGCCAGGGCAACUAGGGGAAUGGAGGAAGAGGCGGCGGAAGGGGACGUGGUAGGAAUGGCGGUGGCCGAGGUGGACAAUGGGGCAACCAAGGUCAAGGGAAUCAAGGGGGUCAAGGGUAUGGGAGACCUCAUUUUGAUUGGAGGACCGCUAUUUGCCGACAUUGUGAUAAGCAAGCGCAAGGGAGAAUGGCGCAAGCGGCACAAACCAGGGGCCAGACUGCCAGAGUCGGAACGAAGGAAAGAGACUGUGGAGGUAGAAGAGGACGACCAUGAAGAUGAGCAAGAUGAUAGGCUGCGCCAAGAGGAGGAUCGAAGAACGAAGCAGAGGGCCAAGAAGAGGGGAGCCUUGAAGGAAGUUGAGCUGAUUCUGCGUGAUGCAGCGCCAAAGAAAAAGAAGUAUGCGGUCCGGUUGGAGGAAGGGUUCGACGUGGAGAACGUGAUUGACAGGUUGCUUGAGGGUCAUAAUGACCUUAUGACCCUGAAGGAGAUCAUGGCGUCUGCUCCUAAGCUUCGCGAUGUGCUAAAAGGGAGGUUUUCGCGGUGGCUGGUGCCAAGUGUGCAUCUAAGAUUGAUUCUGCCAAAGGAGGCAGAAUGAGCGAAAACUGAGACGAAGAUGGACUGAAAGUGUGUGGCAUGCAGGAUGGUGAAUUUGGUAGUAAAAGGGUCAAAGUGCG